AGUACGCUACGCCGUCAACCAAAAAAAAAGAAAAAGAAAAAGAAAAGGAGCAUGGCGCCGCCGCCGGAACCCCGGCGCCCGUACAAGCGCCCGGCCAUCUCGGACCAGCAGCGCCGCCGCGAGCUCGCCCUACAGGCGCAGUCCGCCCGGCGCGCCGACGCCCAGGCGCGCGCCCGCGCCCUCGCCAGUUCCCUCCUCACCACCCCGACCCCUCCUGCGGCCACCGACCGCCACGGGGAGGAGGAGGAGGAGGAGCACGGGCACACCGUCGCCGCGGCCGCCUCCAAGCUCCGCGGCUCCGACGCGCGCCGGUGGUUCGCCCGCCAGAUCAUGCUCCCGGAGUGGAUGGUCGACGCCCCGCCCCUCCUCGCCAGCGACUGGCAUGUUUUUGCCAGGCCUUCUGGUAAACGGUGCUUGGUUGUGUCUUCCAAUGGCAUGACGAUUAGCAGGGUGCGUAAUGGAUCUAUCCUUCACCGGUUCCCUUCUGCUCUACCGAAUGGAUCAAAGAGAGACAUAUCUGGCCCAGCAAGCUCCUACUCCAUACUCGAUUGCAUUUUUCAUGAGCCUGAUCAAACAUACUAUAUCAUUGAUAUGAUUUGUUGGCGAGGCUAUUCACUGUAUGAUUGCACUGCCGAGUUCAGGUUUUUCUGGGUAAACUCUAAGCUCACAGAAACUUCAGCUGGUGAUCCUCCAUCAACAUACCAUCGAUAUAGAUUCAGUGCUGUCCCAAUAUAUGAGUGCACUCUUGAGGGUCUUCAAGCAGCUUACUCUGGGAAAACACCUUAUGUCAAAGAUGGGUUGCUGUUUUACAACAAGCAUGCACAUUAUCAAGCUGGAAUCACACCCCUUACACUAGUAUGGAAAGAUGAAACGUGUAGCCAAUAUGUUAUUGAUACUGACAGCAGAGGAGAAAUUCCAAAUGAGCAGCAACUUGUGUUGGAAUUGCAAGAGGAUGGAAAGCUAGUUACAUCUGAUGACCCUCCAGUUGUGUUUGGUAGCUUGGACAAGGAAUUCAUACAGAAGUCAAAUCUGCUAGCAGGGAAUCUUCUCCGCUUUGCUGUAAGAGAUGAAAGUGUGACACUUGUGGAUGGAAAGAUGCAGAUCGGCCAGCUGCAAUUUGUUGGAAAGCCAAACCGUGCUCGUGCUUUUGCUGACAGCCAUUCGAAAGCUUUGUUCCAGUAUGCUGCAAGGCAUGCUCCUCUGAGAAUUGAUGAUCUGGUUGCUUCCAUUCAAUCGAACAAUAUGGAGCUUGAAUCCACAGAUGUUGAAAUGCAAGAUUGAGGAAGGGGCCUUUGUUAUCAAUCGGUAUAAUGGUAUUAGUUUAACGGUUCAAUGCCAAUACAAAGAAUGAAGGGGGCUGCAAAUGAGACCAAGGUCUGUCUUGCUCCUGUUUAUGUGUGUUAAGUGUUAUUGAGCUAGACAGUUUAUGCUUGUGCUCUCUAUAGCAUCACGUGAUACAUAGAUCAUUUUAUUUUAUGAUGAACUUUAAUACAAGGAUUUUUAUGAAAUGUAAAAAAUCUAUCCUGCCAACUUGGUCCCCUCUGGAGCUGCUAAAUUGUUAAUUGUACCGGUAUGCAUGUAAAGAUUCUGUAAUUAGGCUGUUCCCUUCUGGAGAUAACACGUUUCUGGAUAUGGCAGGUUGUAGACCCAUUCAUGUCAAGAUUUCAGCAAAUGUAGUGAUUGUCUGGAAUCCGUGGUUUUCAGGGAGUGGCGCAUUUCCAGGUCUGAUAGAUAUUAGUACCUCAAGACCUGAGAAAAAAAGGUGAACAGUGUAGCGAGUUUCUGGAGCAUGAGCAUUCUAAAUAUUGACGUCUACAUGGAUGCAAUGUGUGAUAUAAUUCAACUUGUGAGGUGUUCAUCGUCCCACGUGUGCAAUCUAUGAAUGACAUUUCCAAUAGCUAAAAAAUGCUAAAAGGAAAUGCAGCAUGUUUCCCCCCUUCUUAUUCAAGGGUUCUCCCAGGACCUUAAUCCUAAUAUCUGGAUUUUGAACGUAGCAUAACGCCAUUUUUGUUA